AUGCGCCGCCGCCGCCCCGUCCGCCGCAUCGUCGCGAGCGCUGCGACCGCCUGCGCGCCGCUGGGCAGCAGGGCUGCUGCUGCAUGCGGCUGCUGCGAUGCUGGCCGCCGCUGCUGCUCGCUGCUGUGCCGCGCCCGCUAUACUUAUUAUAUUUUGGGGGCCUUUAAAAUUUGGGGGCCCUGUGCGGUCGCACGGGCCGCACGGGCCAAAAAACGGGCCUGCCUCCACAGGGCGAUCGACGGUCGCCGGUGGGACGCCGAGCGCCUCCUCGGCCGCCUCAUCGUCGUCGUCCACGCCGCGUUCCUCGACGCCGGCUUCGUGCCCUUGGGCGCCCAAGGUUCCCGGUCCCGAAGACCUGGUGGUGGUACGGUUCCGAAGCAGGCGGGCAGGACAGCGUCGGCUCUCUCGCUCCGGUACGGCGCGCCGCAGCUGCUGCACCACCGGGAGGCCGCCGCCGUGCUGAGGAUGCUGGCGCACGGGAGGAGGCACCUCGUCCUGUACGCGGAGUGCGACCCGUGGCCGGUGGAGCGCUGCGUGCUGGUGGACGCGCUCGCCGCCGCGCCGCUCCUGGCUGGCGGCCUGGACGGCACGGCGCGCGCGCUGAGAAGGGACGCGCGGCUGGCGGGGCUCUGGCGCCGGCUCUCCGACGACCUGUGCCGCGGCGUCCUCGCCGACAUGUGCCGCAGGAGAGGCGUCGCCCUGGAGCCCAGCUUCAUGUCGCUCCCCGGCGACGCCAGGGCGGCGGUCCUGGCGCGGCUCGCGAGCGGCGCGGACCUCGCGAGCGUCGAGCGCGUCUGCACGGGGCUGCGGCGCCUCGUCGCCGAGCGCGACCGCCAGUUCUGGAAGCCCAGGUACGACGCGCUUGCGCUGCGUGGCGGCGCCGCGUCCUGGCUCCUCCCUGCCGCCGACGACUGCUCCCGCUUGCCACCGGAGACGAGCUGGAAGGAGAGGUACGUGACGGCCAGGCAGUGGAAGCCGCCGGCAUCGCAUCUAGGAAUGCCCGGCGGCGAUGCCGGGAUGAUCCGUUCUUACGUGUUGUAUUGCUAA